AUCAGCUCAGUGAAUCGAAUCAAUCGAGGGGGUGAAAGAGAAUCUGAAUCGUUCCGCACAUCACUGAUUGUAAAAGCCGGAGCGCAGAGCGCGAGAGUCCUGGAACAAAGGCGCGCGGUCGUGAGGGAUCUGAAAAGGGAAUACAGGAGGAAGAGAGUGAUGAGGAUGAUGAUGGUCUGAUCACCAUCCUGUGUCCUGUGUUGUAAUUUAACGGUACACAUACGAUACGGUGUGGUGCGGUUCGGUUCGGGUGACGGGCAAAGGCGCGUGCUGAAGCGGAUGGAGCAGAGCUGGAUGCAGAGGUGUGUAAGUGUGUGAGUGUGUGAGUGUGAGUGAGCGCUGAAGAUCAGGAGCUUACUGAACAUCAGGAGGCUGGAGGCUGAGCUGAACACUGCGGGAUUUCCUCAGGAUUAUCUUCACCGGUCGGACCGGCUGCAGCGCGCAGGUAUGGUCUGUGACACACACCGCAGCAGAAACAGAAGCAGCAGCAGCAGCAGCAGCAGCGGUACUAUCAUGAGAGGAAGUGUGUGCAUCACCGUCGUCUUCCUCAGCUUCACAUGCCAUGUUAGUCUCUCGCAGGCCACCACCGCAACGCCGAAUGAAGCAGAGUUGAACGACAACAUCACAGUUUUCACUCGAAUCCUGGACAGACUGCUGGAUGGCUAUGAUAACAGACUGCGUCCUGGUCUGGGAGAAAAGGUGACCGAGAUCAAGACCAACAUCUUUGUCACCAGUUUCGGACCCGUGUCUGAUACAGAGAUGGAGUACACGAUCGAUGUGUUUUUCCGUCAGAGUUGGAAGGAUGAACGCUUGCGCUUCAAAGGGCCCAUGGGGAUGCUCCCUCUGAAUAACCUGCUGGCCAGCAACAUCUGGACUCCUGACACCUUCUUCUUGAAUGGCAAGAAAUCCAUCGCGCACAACAUGACCACGCCGAACAAGCUGCUGAGGCUGCAGGACGACGGCACGCUGCUUUACACCAUGAGACUGACCAUAUCAGCAGAGUGUCCGAUGCAACUGGAGGACUUCCCUAUGGACGCUCAUGCCUGUCCUCUGAAGUUCGGGAGCUAUGCCUACCCGAUCUCAGAGGUUGUGUACAAGUGGACCCAAGGUCCAGCCAAGUCUGUAGUGGUGGCAGAAGACGGGUCUCGACUCAACCAGUACCAUCUGAUUGGCCAGACAGCUGGCACUGAGGACAUCAACACCAGCAGAGGCCUCUACACAGUGAUGAUGGCCCACUUCUACCUGAAGAGAAAGAUCGGAUACUUUGUCAUCCAGACCUACAUGCCAUGCUUCAUGACCGUCAUCCUGUCUCAGGUCUCCUUCUGGCUGAAUCGGGAGUCGGUCCCUGCCAGGACGGUGUUCGGCGUGACCACAGUGUUAACCAUGACCACACUGAGCAUCAGUGCCAGAAACUCUCUUCCUAAAGUGGCCUAUGCUACAGCCAUGGACUGGUUCAUCGCCGUGUGCUACGCCUUUGUCUUCUCUGCCCUCAUCGAGUUUGCCACCGUCAACUACUUCACCAAACGCAGCUGGGCCUGGGACGGCAAAAAAGCCAUGGAAGCACAGCAGCCCAAAAAAAAAGACCCGCUGGCUCUGUCCAAGAAACCCAACAACACCUGUUCCACUGGCAUGAACUUCACCGCCAACAUCACCAAAGACUCGGCCAUCUCCACCAUCUCCAACAGUACCGCCGUCCAGAUGAAGAGCGCCGAGAGCAAGUCCACGCCCGACCCCAAAAAAACCUACAACAGCGUCAGCAAGAUCGACAAGAUGUCUCGGAUAGUGUUCCCCGUCCUCUUUGGCACCUUCAACCUGGUCUACUGGGCCACGUACCUCAACAGGGAACCGGUGAUUAAAGGAGCCGUUUCACCAACAUAAAAAGUUCUGCAUUCCUUCUUUUUUUUUAUGCCUUUUUCUUGCCAUUCUUAACAAACUGGAACACAAAGCCCCCCAGUUUCCCUUCACCAUUCCAGUCCCCUCAUCAUCAUCACACCUCUCCUGCACUUCCCUCUCUUCUGUUUGAUUUCGGUUUGAUUUCGGUUCUCAGAGAUUGCAUGAUCAGUUCAAAGCUCUGCAGGAACACGUCUUAUUGCCAUGUCUGCCUUGACUUUGACUUUCUACUGUAUUUUAAUCUUCUAUUAGAAUUUCAGAGAAGAUGAUUGCGUUUCCCUUACAAACCUUUACCUAGUCUGCACCGCGAGGGUUCUCAUCGCCAUGGAGCCCUUUAUUACUUUUAAAUACAAAGAAAAACAUGCAUUUGGCAUCUACAUUGGUUUAGUGAUCUUUUACAGUGCUUUGCAUAAGUAUUCACCCCCCCAUUAGCUGCUCCCCCCACCCCCCAAAAUACACACAAUUUAAUUGAUAGUGUGAAAACCUGGAUCUGAAAUGGUGUUUAUAAACAGCAUCAGAUUCUUAAUCAGACGUCAGUCUGGGCUCUGAUCGAUCAAACGCUUUCUCCAGUGCAACUCAGACUCGCCAUCCUGUAACUUUCUGCCCCAAGUCUCCAGUCUCUUGAUGCUAGAACACCUCCAUGCACCUCUUGUCCUCACUGGUUUCCUGGUCCCUGAUGAUGAACAUUAUGCUACCUCCACUAUGCUUUACAGCAUUUGGCAGAGCGAUUAAUGUUAUACAACUGAGCAGUUGGCACUUAUGGGCCUUGCUGAAGGACCCAGCUGUGGCAAUUGGGUGGUGCUGAGUUUUGAACUCACAGUAAGGAUGAUGUUCUCAGGUGGGAAACAAGAUGUGUAAUGCCCGUCUCUACAGGGUUGUUGGUUUACACAGGAUAGUAAAAAAAAAGAUAUCUUUCCAGAAUGUUCUGGAUUUGUGUUCUUGAUGCUGUUUGUUUUGGUAUAUUCUCUUUAUGACUGGCUUCUCCAGGGAACCGGUGGAUUUAUAAUGAGACCCAUUUAUUACAUUAUACUGGACUCUAUUUCCAAAAAUGACAUAAUUUCUGAUGGGAUCUGACCACCCCAGGACAGAUGUAGGGCCUUUACAAUCAUGAGGAUGGGGAGUGAAUAUUUAUGCUUUAAUAUUUCUAUUGUUAUUAUUUUGUCGGCACUUUUGUGUCAAUUGUGACAUCAAAUCCCGUCAAUUUCCACAUUUUAAAGCAGUCAGGGGGUGAAUACUUAUGCAAGGCACUGUACUACUCAACAUCAGAAAGUCAGCAAUGCCAAAUGCUAUGCAACAAGAACUUUUUUAUUCUAUUAUUCUAUUGGUAUUGAAACGCUUCUAUUGAAAAAUCUCGCUUUUGUAUGAAUGAGCUGGAAGCUUGCGGUGUUUAAGUUGUCGCUUGAGCAUUUGAGAGCCGUGAGCGCCGAGGCAGAGCUGAACAAUAGCCAUGCUAAAAGUGUUGCCUUCUUUCAGAGCAAAAAUAAAUAAAUAAAAAAAUAAAAAGAGAGAGACAGAGAGAGAGACAGAGAGAGAGAAAGAGAGAGAGAUCGCUUUUUAAUGCAGCUCUGGAGUUUAUUUGUUAUAUAGAGCUUGAAGCCAUUUUGAAGUAUUGAGGCUGAACCUUUGCAUUGCGCCGUCUAGUGGCAGCUUUUAUAACUUUUGCUCUUUAAUACUCGCAGUAUGUGGAGUAAAGGAGGUCGGGUUGCAGUUAUGACUUUCAGAAUCUCUUGUAUAUAGGCUGCGUGUGCUUUCGCUUUAACGUCCAACAGAAAUACGUGCUGCCGAGCUAAAGUGCAGCUAAAGAAACACAUUUCUUUCCUCAUCACAUCCUCUCGUCGCUCCUCUUAGUGUGUAGCUUCGCUUCAACAUACUGUAAUCUUUUUACAUGCUAAUGAAAUCAAACGCUUUGUUAUAAACUUAUUUAUGGUUAAGAUGUUCGCUGGGGUGCAGAACGCACACGGCUUCUCACAAGCUAGCGUUCGAUAGCGUUUGUUGAUAUGUUGGUUGAUCUAAAGCUUUCGGGUUUUGUUUUUUUUCUCUGUGUUGCCAUGAAAACGAGUUGACACCAGUUUCCAUCGUGAUAGAAAGGACGAAUGAACAGUUCUUUGUUGUUUAGAGUAAACAAAGUACAUAUUCCAGAGUUCAGAAGUGACCCUGAGCCUGAAGAAGCGAAGAAUAGUGUGAGAGAGAGAGAGAGAGAGAGAGAGAGAGAGAGAGAGAGAGAGAGAGAGAGAGAGAGAGAGAUUGAGAGAGAGAGAGAGAGAAAAGAGAGAGAAAAGGAGAGAAGUGUGAGAAGAGUAGAGUUAUGUAAAAAAAAAGUACAGAGAGACAGAGAGACAGAGAGAGACAGAGAGAGAGAGAGAGAGAGAGAGAGAGAGAGAGAGAGAGAGAGAGAGAGAGGUUAGACAGAAGGAGAUGUAGAGAGAGGGGGUAAAGAUUGAAGGAGACUUAUGCACUUAUGAUAGAUAGAUAGAUAGAUAGAUAGAUAGAUAGAUAGAUAGAUAGAUAGAUAGAUAGAUAGAUAGAUAGGAAGGAAGGAAGGAAGGAAGGAAGGAAGGAAGGAAGGAAGGACGUGAUUACUUCACACCCUACAGAUAUGUUUGGGUUUCUAACCUCUUAUUGUCAGUUAUAACAACCUGAGAGGUGCCGUGAGGUUCAGCUCUAAUGUAGACAUGAAAAGGUUCUGAAAUCAUGACUUUAUGGAGUUAAUUAAUUAUUAUAGACAGACGUUUAGGGAGAACCGGAUGUCUUUAACUGGAAGAAUGAGUGAUGAGAAUAAAGAUGACUUGUGAUGUUGCACAGGGUUGUGUUGGCUCUUUUAUUCUUCUUUUUAAAGCUAACAAUUAUUUCAGUGUUGUACAUUUGUCAUGUAAAAUGUCUGAAGCAAUAAAACUCAUGCCUGACA